AUGUUAAAAACUGUCCUUAAGCUGCCUACGUUGCUUAAAGAAGCCAUUGAUGUCGCAAAAGAAAUGCAUUACUGGCAUCAGAAUGACAUUAUUUACAGAGGUUUGAAGGCUGCCAACCUAUUGAUGGAUGAGAAUGAAGUUUUUAAGGUGUCGGAUUUUGGUGUUGCCAGAGUGAAAGCUCAAUCAGGAGUUAUGACUGUUGAUACUGGAGCAUAUAUAGAUGGAUGGCCCCAGAGGAAUUCUACCAAGGCUGAUAGCUGCCACUACUUGGCUUCUUCCAUAUGUCAGAAUCACUCCCUGGCCAUUUUUGGUCUAAUAAACAAACUUGUGAUUAAUCAUCUUGAGAAGCAGCACCGCAUCACCAAGGUUGAGGUAGAGGGGGAUGAUUGGCACGAGGAGAAGCCCAGCCAAUUCCUGUCCAUCCUCCGGAGAGGACAUCAUUAA